AGAGUCUUCACCUUUUUAAUGAAAUCCAUCGUCUCCAAGUUUCUUCUACACUGACUCUAAAGCUCUUCCAACCAUUAAGCAGAUACAACAAGACGCCUAUUUAUUAAUAUUUAGUGUAAGGAUGCAGACUAGAGUUGUUCAGUUGGAAGAAGGUAAAGAGAUUGUAGUAACGGGCAGCCGGACCGGGCUUAAUAAGGCGGCGUUUCCUUUCAAGUUGCUUCUCUUGCUAGGAUUUUUUCUAGCUUUUACUGUUGUUUUAUUCUUCAUUAGUGUAUCCACCAACAAGUAUUAUGGAAUCAAUAGUGUAGUGACAUCAGUCACUUCUAGUUUUGUGCCUUGCCACGAGAAAAGAAAUGAUCUUGAUAAAUUGAUUAAACCUCCUUUGGUUCUCAUGCAUAAUAUGAGCGAUGAAGAACUUCUUUGGCGUGCGUCUUUCAUGCCUCAGAGGAAAGAGUAUCCGUUUAAUAGGGUGCCGAAAAUCGCGUUUAUGUUCUUGACAAUGGGUCCUUUGCCGCUUGCACCGCUUUGGGAAAGGUUAUUUAAGGGUCAUGAGAAGCAUUACUCAGUUUACAUCCAUUCACCAGUAUCUUCUUCAGCCAAGUUUCCAGCUUCCUCGGUUUUCUACCGUAGGCAUAUACCAAGUCAGGUUGCAGAAUGGGGAAGAAUGACAAUGUGCGAUGCAGAGAGGCGGCUUCUUGCCAAUGCGCUACUCGAUAUCUCAAACGAAUGGUUUGUUCUCCUCUCCGAGUCAUGCAUUCCCCUCUUCAACUUCACAACUAUCUACACUUACAUAACCAAAUCAAAGCACAGCUUUAUGGGUUCAUUUGAUGAUCCUAGUCCCUAUGGCCGAGGCCGCUACCACGGCAACAUGGCCCCUGAAGUUUCCAUAGACCAAUGGAGAAAAGGGUCUCAAUGGUUUGAGGUUAACCGGGAGCUUGCGGUUUCCAUUGUCAAAGAUACCUUGUAUUACCCUAAAUUCAAAGAGUUUUGUCAACCUGCUUGUUACGUGGACGAGCAUUAUUUCCCAACAAUGUUGACAAUUGAGAAACCGGCGGCCUUGGCUAACCGAAGUGUGACUUGGGUCGACUGGUCGAGAGGUGGUGCCCACCCAGCUACAUUUGGACCACAAGACAUCAGUGAGGAGUUCUUUGCAUGGGUUCUAAAAGGACAUAACUGCACUUACAAUGAUGGCUACACAUCCAUGUGUUAUCUCUUUGCUAGAAAGUUUUCUCCUAGUGCUUUAGAGCCUUUGAUUCAAAUUGCUCCCAAGAUUCUGAGUUUUUGAGUAGGACGAAAAUUUUGUUUGGUUUAUAAGAAAUAAACCUGUGCUUUUUAAUAUAUUUAAAUAUGAAUAACCAAUAAAAGAAUUGUAAUGGCUAUGAAAAGGUGACUGUAUUUCUGAUGAUAAAGCAAAACAAAGAAGUUUUUCCUUUUCUUUUGGAGAGCGAGUCUCUGGUUUCAUGUGAUAAAAGAGCAUCGAGCGGCCACAAUCCAUAAGAUAUAUGGUGUCAUCGGUGAGGCUCGUGGUUAAUGUGGCCUUGGAAUAAUGUAAUUAACCUUUU